GGAUCGAACUUCAGUAUUCUUGGCGCUGAAGUGCCCACACAGGUUUUGAAGAUUCGCCUAAAAUAUAACACUAACAUGUUAUUAUUUUCAGACCAGGAUGAAGACACUGUGCUUGCUGCUGCUCGCCUGUGGGGCUUUUGCCGCCGACCUGGUGGAGCCGGAGGACUGUACGGGGUUCCCCUGUCUCAUCUUCAACGAGGAGUUUGAUUACUUCGAUCACGAUGUGUGGGAACACGAGGUUACCAUGUCUGGUGGUGGGAACUGGGAAUUCCAGGUCUAUUUAAACAACCGGUCUAUCAGCUAUACUCGAGACUCAACGCUCUUCAUUAAACCGGAUCUGACGUCGAACUGGCAGACUGAAGGCUUCCUGACGAGCGGAGACCUCAACCUGUGGGGAAUGAAUGGACGUGGAGACGUGUGUACUGGUAAUUCUUACUAUGGCUGUGAACGUACAGGCAACGCUGUUAACAUCAUCAACCCUGUGAUGAGUGCCAGACUCAGGACCCUCUCGGAUUUCGCCUUCAGGUACGGUCGUAUUGAGGUUCGUGCGAAGAUGCCGCGAGGAGACUGGCUGUGGCCAGCUAUCUGGCUUCUCCCGAGGUACUGGCCCUAUGGUCUUUGGCCCGCCAGCGGUGAGAUUGACAUUGUGGAGUCCAGGGGUAAUGAGAACUAUGGUAACCUGGGCAACCAGUAUGGAGGCUCCACUGUCCACUGGGGACCUAACUGGCAGAGGAAUAUGUACGAGCUGACACACACUGACUAUGCUGCCAGUGAUGGAUCCUUCGCUAACAGUUUCCACACCUGGAGGCUAGAUUGGACCAAGGACAAUAUGUUGUUCUACCUGGAUGACCAACUUCAGCUGACAGUGGACCCAGGCACCAAUUUCUGGGACUUCGGUGGAUUUGGAAAUGAACUGGACAACCCUUGGAAGGCUGGCUCAAAGAUGGCUCCAUUCGACCAGAAGUUCUACGUGGUGUUGAACGUGGCUGUGGGUGGCGUCAAUGGCUUCUUCCCAGAUGGUAUUACAGACAAGCCCUGGAGUAAUGGCUCUCCCCAAGCAGCCCUGGAUUUCUGGAAUGGGCGUGACUCAUGGCUGCCCACCUGGGAGCAAGGCGAGGGUCGCAUCAGUGAGAAUGCAGCGCUCCAGGUGGACUAUGUGAAGGUCUGGAAGAUGGAGAGUGUCGACCAGUAGACACCACCCGUCCUGCAUGCUGUGCUUGCCUCUCCUGGUAUACAAACCGUGUGUAACACUUUCACAUUAUAUGAAGGGCCCUUUGUAUAACAUUUAUCUCGGGUUACUCCUGUGUAGUCCUUAGUUUGGCACCUGUCUAUAAUACUGUUACAUCUGUUAAGGGUAAUUUUUUUCACCUUACACUUGAUACAUUUAAAAUAGUCACAGCAAGAGGGGUACAGCAUGUAAUACUGCACUCCAGCAGCACAGUAAAAAAUAAAGCACUCGCACAA